CUACGUGGAUAUUACCUUCCUCCCCUUCUCCCUCCCAACUGACAUAAACGAACUUCUCAACCAUGUCAGCACCAUAACAUCAAAUCACUUUUUCAAUUUCAAAUCCCAUAAAAAACCCAAUUUCCGAGAUGGUUUUAUUGGGUCACUGAUCAAAGGAUCGAAUCACCAAUAAAAAAUCAUUUCUUUGAUUUUUAGUUUUUUUCACAGAAUCGAUGAAUCCGUUUCUCAACCAAGAAGAUGAUCCACCACCACCAAAACCAGUCGAAGGACUGCAUGAAAUCGGACCGCCUCCGUUUCUGAUCAAGACAUUUGAGAUUGUGGAGGAUCCAAACACGGACCACAUCGUCUCUUGGAACAGAGGAGGCGCUAGUUUUGUCGUCUGGGAUCUGCAUUCUUUCUCUGAGUUUCUUCUCCCUCGUCACUUCAAACACAGCAAUUUCUCAAGCUUCAUCAGACAGCUCAACACUUAUGGUUUUAGAAAAAUAGAAGCAGAGAAAUGGGAGUUUGCAAACGAAGGGUUUCUAUCAGGACAGAGACAUUUACUGAAGAACAUCAAGAGAAGAGCUUCCUUGGCUUCCACGUCUUCUUCUAUUCAAGAUCCUUGCACAGAGCUUCGCAAGGAGAAGCAGCUGCUGUUGAUGGAGCUGGUGAGUCUGAGACAGCAGCAGCAAACCACGAAAAGCUACAUCAAAGCAAUGGAACAGAGGAUCGAAGGAGCAGAGGAGAAACAGAGGAAGAUGAUGUCUUUCUUGGCUAGAGCGAUGCAGAACCCUUCGUUUCUGCAUCAGCUACUUAAGCAGAGAGACAUGAGGGUUAAGGAGCUUGAGGUUGAGGCGGCGGAGAGGGGAAGAGGUUCUUCGGUAUCGGAGCUGGAAGCUCUUGCCCUGGAGAUGCAAGGCUAUGGAAGGCAGAGGAAUGUGAAGGAAGAGGAGGAUAUGGUGGUCGAGAGAGAGUUGGACGAUGGUUUCUGGGAAGAGUUGCUUAGUGAUGAGAGUUUGGCUUCUACCUCUUCAAACUAAGAUGCAUCCUUCUCAGCAAUAAGAUCUUUCUGCGUUUUGUCUUUUAGUUGUACUUUGAAGCUUUUCUUUUCUUCUCUUUUUUUUUCACCACCUUUUUGUUCUCUUGUUUAUUUUCAAGCACUUUUAUCAAGUAGUAGUGCAAAUUAGAAGUCUAUACAACACGUUGUAAUUCUUUCAUGUACGUAGAUAACUAUAUGAAAUGUUCUACAGCCGUUGUUGGCAAGGC